AUCACUGUAUUCAGAAUAAUAUCCAUCAUCAUUGCAAUUAUUCAACCAGACAGAAAAAAAUGUCAUUGAAUAUUAGGCCUUUGUUUGGCUAUCCAUUUCAAGGCCAAGGAAGAGUGAAUCAAUUGGGUGGUGUAUUCAUAAAUGGUCGUCCAUUACCGAAUCAUGUACGAUUAAAGAUUGUUGAAUUAGCAGCAGCCGGUGUACGUCCAUGUGUUAUAUCCAGACAAUUACGUGUAUCACAUGGUUGUGUAUCAAAAAUAUUGAAUCGUUAUCAGGAAACCGGAUCAAUACGCCCCGGUGUAAUUGGAGGUUCAAAACCACGUGUUGCAACACCUGAUAUUGAGAAAAGGAUCGAAGAAUAUCGUAAAGAAAAUCCAGGUAUCUUUUCAUGGGAGAUACGUGAUCGUCUUAUAAAAGAAGGUUUAUGUGAUCGUACAACAGCACCAUCAGUAUCAUCAAUUAGUAGGCUAUUACGUGGACCAUAUAAUGCUCAUCAUCCACAUCUGAAUUCACAUUCACAUUCACAUCAUCAUCAUUAUAAUCAUAGCCAUUUUAAUAGUAGUGGUGGUGGUGGUUUAGUUUCAACAUCGACUUUACAUACUAAUAAUCAUAGCCAUAGAAUUCUACAACAAAAUAAUGAUGAUGAUGAUGAUGAUGAUAUUGAUGAAGAACAGAAUAAUAUUCAUUCAUUAAUGAAUAUCAACAAUAAACCACAACAACAACAACAACAACAACAACAACAACAACAACAACAACAACCACAACAACAACAACAACAACAACAUAAGCAUUCUAUUGAUGGAAUUCUUGGUGCUUCUAGCUUUAAAAAUGAAUCAGAUGAUUCUGGCAGUGAUUCUAGUGAUGUUGAACCAGGAUUAACAUUGAAACGUAAACAACGUCGUUCACGUACAACAUUCACUGCACAUCAAUUGGAUGAAUUGGAAAAAGCAUUUGAACGUACACAAUAUCCAGAUAUUUAUACACGUGAAGAAUUGGCACAACGUACAAAAUUGACUGAAGCACGUGUUCAGGUUUGGUUCAGUAAUCGUCGUGCACGAUGGCGUAAACAGAUGGGCAGUCAACAAUUGAAUGGAUUUUCGGCUGCAUUAGCAUCAUUACCGGCAAUGCAUGCAGCGGCCGCCUAUACAGCACAAACGGCUGCAGCAGCAGCAACAAAUUCAUAUUUAUUAGCAGCUGCACAACAUCAUCAUCAUCAACAACAACAACAACAACAACAGCAAGCAUCAUUAACUGAAACUGCCCAAGCAGCCGCAUCCAAUACAACAUCAACUUCAUUGGCUUCUGUAUACAAAUAAUAAUAAUAAUAAUAAUAAUAAUCAAAAUUCA